AUGUCGUUUGAGAAUGCUGCCGUCACGAAGGGUCUCAUGGUCACGUUCGCUCUGACCUCGUUGGUUGCUGGGAUUUUUGAUAUCAAGCACUACUUCCAUCUACAAUUUGUGCCUCACAUUUCUCGACAUCAUCAGUACUGGAGACUCGUUUCCCACCACAUAGCGUUCCCAAACUCAAGUGAUAUAUUUAUUGCGGAAAUAUUGCUUUACAAUGUCGGGGUGCACAUCGAGCGUCAAUUUGGGAGCAUAAAAUAUGCUUCAUUUGCCUUCGUUUCCCUCCUAGUGGCCAUUGUCUUGGAAUUCAUGUCCCUCGUUCUCUUUUAUCGGGUCGGCCUCAACCACUUCGCUCUCGGUCCUUCAGCCCUCGUCUUCAGCAUUUUGUACCAAUACUCCAGAAUUGUCCCACCAACCUACACUUACCGCAUAUUUGGGGUCCCUCUGACCAACAAAUCCCCGUAUUACUUUCUUGGGAUGCAAAUUGCCUUGAGCCGCCUCCCAAGCUCCGCAGUUGUCGCGUUAAUAGGCAUUUUAACUGGUCAGAUUUAUCGCUCUGACCUGGCGAAUCUCAACACCUAUCGCCUACCGCCGUCUCUUAUUAAUUUCUCGACGCACUUCAUUGGCCCUCUCAUCGGCUCGCUUCGCCCGCCUCGAAGGUCAAACCGAGCUCUUCCUGAUAAUUUCAGUCAUAAUGCCGCCACUGCUGCUGCCGCACGGGCACUGAGCGAGACGAUGCAGAACGAAGAAGUCAUUACAACCGCAAGGACUCCGCGACCAGGACCAGCGACAAGAACGCGCGACAACAUGGGUGGGGAGGAGCCAGCUGCUCCAUCUGUUAUGAGGGAAUGGGUGGAUGAAUUCACAGGGAGGGCUGACCGGGCAAAUACUGGUCUUCGUGUGCCCACGGAAUCUGAGAUAAAUCACAUAACAAGCAUGUUUCCUUCCCUUGAUCGUGAAGUGGUCAUUGGUGCUCUACAACGAAGGCAAGCUUCCGGCAUCUAUCCUUCUGUUUUGACCAAAUGCUCAAUCAACACUUUAUUCAGUCCAAACAUCGAGGCAGCCGUAGAGACCUUGUUAACUUCGCAAACUUGA